UCCAAAAGUCAAAUGGCUCCUGUUAUGAGUAUCAUCUUGGUCAUACAGUCACAUGGACCUGUUCAGACGAGCUCAAUAAUCAAGAAAUCAGUUUCCCAACAACAACAAUAGACAAUGAUAUAGACUUUGAGGCUGUACACUUGGCUGUGUCUCUCUGUGACGAAACCAACACUGAAAUGAAGUUCCUCGUUGUUGUGCUGCUUCUAAGCACUACUACAGCCGAUCGAGUCAUUUGGUACGACUACAUGGCCACAUCUAUUAGUGGAGUGCCUGGUACAUCAGACAACUGCACUGGUAUACAAAUGAAAAUGAAGGUGGCAGUAACUUACAAGACAGAGACUCGAGCUAUUCUUCAGGUUGCUAGAUGUUCAGCAGUCACUUUCAUCGGAAACUACCCUGAAAAAUUUGAUGUCAGCAACUCUGAGGAACAGAUAGAUGUCCGUUCAUUCACUAAGCAGGAACUCAGAGACUGCAAUGACAUUAGAACUCAAUGUCUUCCGUUUGAUUCAAUGAAUGGUCAUAUUGUCAACAUCUAUCCAUCACCUCAAGAGUCAAUUCGUAUUGUCAACAUAAAGCGUGGUAUUCUCAGUGCUUUGCAAGGCAAUCCCAUGAGACAAGAUGGAACUUCCGUUGAAGAACAGACUGAUGUAUUGGGUCGUUGCCUCGUUGAGAUACGCAAGGAAAGCACCUACAAUGAAGUCUUCUUAGUCAAGAAACGGGACACAGAAACAUGUCCUAACAGAUCUAUUGAGUUUUCUACCAUACUGCCCACUGCAAAACAACAAGAAGCCAAAUUUGUCUUUGGACAAACCACGACUCACAUGAAAUUCGUCAGGAAGGGUGGCAAUUUUAUUAUGAAAAGAAGCGAAGUUACUGAAAGACAGUCGUUUGCUCCGGUCAGCAAGGAUGCUGGAUCAGCAGUAGUUACUCUCAGUCAAGUUUUGUCUCAGACAAAAAAGAAAGUACGUACUUCAAACGAAUGCAUUAUAGAUCCUUUGUCUCCAAAGAAAACGAUGAUGUUUGAGUUUCAAAAACCCACAUGUGGCCAACAGUAUGAUGACCAUUGUCAAGCAGUAUCCAUUAUAGAAGCAAUGGCAUCUCUGAACGACCCAACAGAGAUUGCUAAACAAUUUGCCAGGCUCAUUGAAGAGAUGCGCAGAUGCAGUGAGAGUAUGUUACGAGAGAUGAAGAAUAAGCUUGCUCAAUGCAAAAGCCCAGCUGAUGAAAAAUCAAGAAGAAUGCAUACUUUUUUCCUUGAUGCUCUGGCUUGGUUGGGCACAGAACCAUCCCUUGACCUGAUCAGUGAAUUGACAAAAAACAACGACAUGUGUCUCAAUGCCUCUCGCCGAAGGGAGUUGAUUGUAAGUUUGUCAAUGAUCUCACUGCACCGACUCUGCUCUCCCUGCAAGUUGCUCAAUGUUACUCUGGACAUUGCAAUGUACAAUAAUGAGAACAUGACAUCAACUCUUGUCCUUGGUGCUGUGGUGAAUCUGGUGUACAGACAUCCACAAACCUGCCGUGAAGAAAUUGAUAAAGCAAUGUCUUGGCUUUUGAACAAAUACAGUGACACAACUGACCUAAAGGAGAAACUCCACGUGGUGAAGGCAAUCGGCAAUGCAGGCCUACUGCUAGGCCUAAAUGUGAUAGAAGAAACUCUUUGGGAGACUGCAAAGACAACAGAUGAACUCAACUUUGAGAGAAGAUUGGCAGCAGUCUAUGCUCUAAACAAAUUGCUCUACGUUGCUCCACGCAAGGUAGAAACCAUAGCCCUCGCUAUCUACUAUAACUCCAGUGAAAAUGUGGAAGUGCGUAUUGCUGCUUACCUUGUCUACGUUCACACCAACAAAAUUCACAGUUCGCUCAGGGAACUUAUCAAACUGGUCAAGGCACUACGGACAGAACCUAAUCGUUAUCUAAAAAGCUACGUAUACACCUGCUUGUCUCAAAUAGAAAGCAGUUCCAAUAUACGAAUGCAACAAUGUAGAGAGACAAUCAGCUAUGUCUUUAAAGUGACCAAUGCCCACUAUUGGUGUAGAGACUGUGAUCUCGGCUACUUUUCUUCGAAGGCCAUGCAUGGCUAUCUGUCCCUUGCUGAUGCUUACCUGCCAAGGUCUCUUCCUUAUGAUGUGAUGGGAGUUGGGUUGUUCACACGAUUUGCAUAUACCGAUGCCAGUAAUCUUCCUCGCAGUGGAGUGGCAAGAUUGUCAAUCAACGCUUUUGGCUAUGACUUUGAGGCUCUUGAGAUUGGAGUACGUGCCCUCGGUGCUUACAGACUCAUUCAGCAUCUGUUUGGUCCUACGGGUUAUGUGCGAUUGGGGACACGAACAAUUAACCCCAGUGGAAUGCCUGGACAAGAAACGAUGUGCUAUCCAGAGCCAGAGCCCAUGUGGAUAUCUGGCUAUAUCAAGGCAUUUGGUAAUGAACUAGGAUGGAACAGAGCUGAUGAGGAAGGGAUUAACAAGGCUCUUUACACAAACUAUCACUUUAAUAUGAUGCGAGGCACAAUCACAGAGUCCAUCAUGUCUGGCUUCCGCUUUAGUGGUAUGAAGGACAUAUUCAGUGCUGUCAAAGACUACGUGACAUACCUUGUCACUGGCAAGCUGACAGUCGCUCAUGGUAGCAUCUGUGUUAUCAAGUCUGCCAGUGUUGUGGAUGUAAAGAGAAGCAUCCCAACUGUGCUUGGUUUCCCACUUAACUUGACUGCUUCAGCUAUGGUCACAUCACACCUAGAUGCUGAUGGAGACAUAACUCUAACAAGAAAUACAAAACUUGAAGCCCGAGGAGAGAUCAACCCAAGGGCUGCUGUGUUUGCAAACAUUACCAUUGCUCUGGAUGCUGGUGAAGUCGCACCUAAACUGGUCCACACAGGUGAAGCCAAGACCACUUUCAAACAGACAGCAAGGUUGUCAAUCACAGAUGACUACAAAGUUGAAUUAAAUAUUGAUCAGAUGCCAUAUGAGCCAGAGUCAGUUGUACUGGAGGCCAAGUAUCAGCAGUAUGUCGAAGUGAGCGGAAAACAGAUGGAGAUGGGUAUUUGGAAACGCAAUGAGACUGAACUAUAUGAACGAGUAGGCGGCAAUUUUACUCACAUAGAGUUCAUCACUCCAAUUAGCUAUCCCAAUAGCACAGGUGUACCAGCAGCUCCCUAUUUCCCACUCAGUGGGCCAGCUGAAGCUAAACUCAUUUUGAGACCAAUGUCACCAAUGCCAAGUGGCCACCACAUUAAAUUUUGGAAUAAGACCAUACUCAGCACUGACAAAGGAGCGUUUUAUGCCUCACUUGCUGUAGACAAGAAAGAAACCAUCAGUGCAAAAUUUGACUGGUAUACUAAUGGUAGAAAACCGACUCAGUAUCGUGUCAUCAACCUGACAGCCCAAAGUAUCCCUGCUGUUGCAUCAGGUCUCUUCUUUGCUAAUACCUUUAAAACAAUGAACAUUGAAGGCUGGAUGAGUUUAAACACAUCCAUUUCAAAGACGUGGGGUUAUGUCAAGUUCAACCAAAGCAAAUUCUAUGGGAACGCUACUCGAAUGCGAGUCAGUCCUGACAAUGACACUGUUAUAAUCAAAAUACCUCAGUUCAUGGCUGAAGUUAAUGGCUCCCUGACUGAUGGCACAUACGGCGAUCUAUCAGCUAGAGUCUAUGUCGAGGACAACUGUGACCAGCCACAAUGGCUUCGAGCCAACUUCACUACUGUUGGACUAAUGGUUAACAUCACUGCUGUGUCCAGCAUCUUCAGCACAACCAAUUUUGGAUACAUUUUGCCAUAUCCACUAAAGUCACCAACUUGUACAUUUGUGCAUCACAGUGUAAUUACAUUCGAUGGACUGUCCUAUCCUGUCUUAAACCCAGAAUGUGAAUAUAUCCUCACACGUCAUAAUAAUGCGUCAGACAAUUUUGCUGUCACUGUCAAAGAAGCUGGAAAAGUCAUGUCUGUCUACCUUAAUGAUACAAAGUAUAGCCUUAGUUCUGAUGGUCUGAAGGUCAAUGGGUUGGAAGAAUAUAUGCCCUACAAGAGGAAACAUGUCAUCUACAUUAGACAAGUCAACGUCAGUGGCCAAACAUAUGUUCGUAUCACUGCCUGGAGUGGAAUAGACAUUUACUAUGGACGUGCAGGGCAAGUUCAAGUGUCAAUAGAUGGAUUCUAUAUGAACCAGACAGCAGGACUCUGCAGCAAUGCCAAUUAUAACAACAAUAGGAAUGACGAGCUUCAAGGACCAUGUGGACCAGUCGAUACUAUAAAAAAGUUUGUUUCAUCUUGGACAGUAAAUUGCUUGUCGCCAACACUUACUACUUCGGUGCCUUCAUCAUCUCCCAACUGGGAUAAAGCAACUAAGAAGUGUAGACGCAUUCUCAACAAGGUAGCUGCAGCGGCAUACCCUGUACUUGACUACGAGGCAUACCUGGAGGUAUGCAUAGAUGAUGUUGCACAUGGUCGUCCAGCAAAUUUAAGUAUUGAUGCCUACACCAUGGCUCUGGCACUGGCAUCAAAAGAAGUGGCACUUAGUUUCAAUCCACGUUGUGAGAGGAAGGCUCAUGAAAAAUUCCAACACGGUUCCAAGAAAUGUGAAACCUUGAAUAAAGUGACAGUGUGCAUAGAUGGCUGCCAACCAGAAAGGUCAACACAUCCACAACAGAUUAAAGCCUUCUGCAGCAAUUCAAAUGAUGAUUCAUCAAAAAAGGAAAACUCAUCACCGUCAUACGUUUUCUACGAGCCAAUCAUCAGAUGUAAGUGAGCCAUGAAAACAUGUCUACAAAAAGCAACUGCUUUGAGUACUUACAGCUGACAGCAACAUGUGCUGCAGCUCUUAGAGAUGUAAUUUGUUCUUGCAAUGGCAUAGAAUAGACUGAAUGUUGCUCAGAAA